AAAAGCCUACAUCAUGUCCGUCUCCAGCUUCAGUAAUGACCUUUCUAGCUAGAGUUUUGUCCCAUUCAAGGUUGAGUCAACCUGAUCAGUCUGAUGUGUUCAAAUCGCAGACUUCUGUUCACCAGAGCAAUGUUGCACAGCCAGGCCGACGGAGGUUGUCGAGCAGCAACAGUGUUGAGUCUCUGGAUGUGAGCCUCUGUGCUGAAGCGCGAGUCUUGGUCAUCAACACCGGAGGAACUAUCGGGAUGAUGUACCAUAAUAACGUGCUCUCACCCCCAGGGCCUAAUGUGUUUGUGAAGGCUCUGCGAAAGCUUCCCGACCUCCAUGAUGAGCAGUAUGCCCUGCAGACCUGUAUGUCUUACCACGACAGCACGAGUGGCCCACAGGAGAACACCCUUGUCCUGCCGCUGUGUAAACAAAAUAAGAGGAUAGUGUACACUGUUUUAGAGUACAGCCCCUUGCUGGACUCUUGCAAUAUGACCACAGAUGACUGGGCUACAAUUGGGAUGGACAUUGAGAAACACUAUGAGAAGUAUGACGGUUUUGUCAUUCUCCACGGCACGGACACCAUGGCCUACACAGCAUCUGCUCUGUCCUUCAUGUGUGAGCAUCUGGGGAAGCCUGUCAUCCUCACCGGCUCCCAGGUGCCGAUCUAUGAGAUGAGGAACGAUGGAAGAGACAACCUGUUGGGGGCUCUGCUGAUCGCUGGUCAGUUUGUCAUUCCUGAGGUUUGUUUGUAUUUCCACCACAAGCUGUACCGGGGGAACCGUGUAACCAAGGUGGAUUCUGGGAGUUUCAAUGCCUUCAAUUCUCCUAACCUGGCUCCUCUGGCCAAUGCUGAAGUGGAUAUUAAAAUUAACUGGGACACGGUGUGGCGAGCGAACACAACCGCGCAGUUCAGAGUGAGCACUCUGAUGAACCGUAACGUGGGUCUGCUGAGACUCUUCCCAGGCAUCACUGCUGUGACUGUGAAGUCCUUCCUGCAGGCGCCCAUGGAGGGCAUUGUCCUGGAGACGUAUGGUAGUGGAAACGCCCCUGACAACCGUGCUGACCUGCUUGAGGAGUUCCGGAAUGCCACAGAGAGGGGCGUGAUCAUGGUCAACUGCACCCAGUGUCUGAGGGGUUCUGUCACCACAUCGUACGCCACCGGAAAGGCCUUGAGUGACGCAGGACUGGUGGCAGGCUGUGACAUGACUCCUGAGGCUGCCCUGUGCAAGCUGUCCUACGUGCUGGCCAGGACGGACCUCAGCAAAGAGGCCAAAAUAAAGAUGCUGAGUCAGAACCUGCGGGGAGAGAUGAUCGCUGACCUGCAGGGGGCCAAGCUCACUCUGAGCGACAGUCGCUUCAUCCAGGUCAUCGCCAAGUCCCUGAGCAUCAGCUGUAAGGAGGAGCUAGAAGCUGUCCGGGAUGCUCUGACCCCCACCUUAGCUUGUGCCGCUUCUAAGAUAGGAGACUUGGAGGCCUUGGAUGCCAUAAAGGAGAUGGGCAGUAAUCUAAGUCUGGGGGAUUAUGAUGGACGUACCCCUCUGCACAUCGCUUCCUGUGAGGGCCACCUCAAAGUGGUGCAAUAUCUACUGAGCCAGGGCGCCACUGUCUACGCCAAAGAUCGCUAUGGGGACACACCCCUGCGCAAUGCUGUGCGCUUCAGACACAAAGAGGUGGUGAAGCUGCUGAGAAAGACUGGAGCUCAUUUCUCCAGGGAUGAGUUGGAGGAUGCCGGCUCAGAGCUGUGCAGUCUAGCAGCCAGUGCUGACAUUGAGGGCCUGGAGAUGUGGCACCUGGCCGGGGGAGACCUGGACACGCCAGGCUACGACGGGCAGACGCCGAUGGAGGUGGCUAAGGCUGUGGGGAAUGAAGUUGUGAUUGACUUCUUACACCAGGUCAGCCAGUACCACGCCCAGCCUCUGUUUAAAGAUGAUGCUGAGAAUGAAGAAUACAUUGAGUUCUCAGCCUGUCCAAAAGAAUCCUGAAGACCAAGAUCCUCAACUCUUUUACCUCUCCAUCCAUCACUCUCCCUCUCCAUUUCACUCUCUUACACUGGACAUUUGCACAAGCUUGCAGAUUUUAUUUUGAUUCAUUCAAACCAUUUUACAAUUGAUAUAUUUGCGAUAAUCUCAUGUACUGUUGCUUAACUGUAGUUGUAAAAGCACUAGUAGCACAACAUUGGAUAUCAAGUAAUAUGGAUGCACUGUGCCAAGAACGGGCAGCACUAUAUCUGUUUGUUUUGUAUGUCCACAGUAUAUGAUGCAUCUGGAGCAAUUCACUCUGUUUGCAUUAAGAGUAUUAUCAGUGAUCAUUGGAAGCACAGGGUAGAAUGCUGUACCUUAUACUAGGCACUUGAUGGGUAGAAUGCUGUGCCUUUAGAUGUACUUUAUGAAAUGCUUAGUAUAGGGUGCAAUUUAUUCUAAACUGAAAUCCUUGUGAAAUCCUUCUAAACUGAAAUCAUGGUCUGAUGACACAAAAAUAGAACCGUUUGGCCAUAAUAACCAUCGUUAUGUUUGGAGGAAAAAGAGGGAUGCUUGCAAGCCGAAGAACACCAU